AUGGGUCGCAAAUCUGUCCCUCCGCUAUUCCUCAACCCCCUCCUACUGCUGUCCACCGUGACAUCCCUCGUCACAGCUCAGCUCCGUUCUAAUAUUUCCACCCCAGGGAUCCCUCCUUUGCCUCCCGCUUUCCAGGUAUGCAACCAGCUACAAGCCCAGCUCAACAGCACCAUUGUGCAAAUUAAUCGAAUCGAAGAAGAGUUCCAAGAAGUCGCCCGUGGAGCAUGGAACCUCUACAACACCCUGUCUCAGCCCGCUUGCAUCGUGCUCCCUCGGGAAGAAGGCCACGUUCAAGCAGCAAUGAAAGCCAUCUACCAGAGUGGGGGCGUACGAUACGCAGUACAAGCUGGUGGCCACAGUGCGAUGCGAGGGUGGAAUACGGUCGGCGAUGACGGUAUUCUCAUCUCAUUCAUGCAUAUGAAUGCCGUGUCCUAUAAUGCGACAAGGGACACGAUAACUCUUCAACCUGGUGUUCGAUGGGGAAAGGCAAUAACUGAACUUGAGCCAUACGGAGUAGCUCCAGCAGGAGGACGACUUCCUGAUGUCGGAACAGGCCUGUUGCUGGGAGGAGGCUUGAGCUAUCUAUCAGCGGCACAUGGUUUCAGCGUGGAUCUUCUCGUCGAAGCCGAUGUCGUACUUGUAAACGGCGAUAGAGUGACCGCGACAGCGACCAAUCAGUAUUCAGAUCUAUUCAAGGCGUUGAAGGGCGGCGCCAAUCGAUUUGGCAUUGUAACCCGAUACGAAGUGAGCGCCGUUCAUGUCGGCACGAAUGACGAUAAAAACUUUUGGGGAGGUUCUUUAGUGUUUGACAAUUCGACAUCCGAAGGACUCUUGAGAGCAACGGCGAAUUACAUCAAUAAGGUCGAAGACCCGGGUGCCUCGCUUCUGGUGGUUUUCGGCGUGACUUUCAGCAAUACGACCGCGCAGCCAGUCAACGUGAUUACCUUCUUCUACAAUGGGACUGGAAAUCCUCAAGAGAUUUACAGCGACUUCCUCGCUUUACCGGCCAUCCAAUCUCUCGUGGGGAAUUACAGCUAUCUGGAAGCGACAAGUAUCCUCGGGAAUGGAGACGAGCGUGGAUUUGGCCAGUUCUUCGGUGCUUCAGCCUUCGGAAGUGUCGAGUACGACAGACAGAAGACAGGGAUGUCUGCGGAAGCCAAUUUUGCACGAUAUCUAAACGCCUUCAGCAAAUUCCAGGAAUUCGUCGGAAAAGUAAGCGCAGACCCACCAAUUACUAUCGACCCCAUUCAGGAUCGGACUCCACCUCCUUUGCCGUCGAUACCGCUUUAUCCAUCGCCAGGAACUCCCCCUCCUCCCCCUUCUCCGCCGCCUCCACCAAGUACACCCGGGCCCAGGCCUUCCUCCCCUCCCGCGUUUCCCGCCCCUGUCCCACCACCGCCGAUGCCUAUCCCUCCAUGGCCCAUCUUCCCUGGUCCCAUCUUCCCCGGCCCUUGGCCUGGCCCCCCAAGUUCCACUGAUGCUGGGAUAUCGACAGCCCUUCUCGCCUUCACCCCCGUUCUGAAAUCCCAAAUCCUCGCCGGCCGAGCGAGAGGAGGGAAUGUUAUUGAUCCUCCAUUAGCAAAUUACCACCUCAUCCAGUUCCACGUACAAGUUCUUCCAGGAUUCAACACGGAUCUCUUCAGGAUCCAAGACGCUCGCGCGGCGUUCUUACGAGGAAUUCCACCUUCACCUGGAAUACCACUCUAUGUCAACGAGUGCGAUGAAACACAGCCAGUAUUCACGACUUACGGGCAAUACAACUUCCUGAGGCAAACAUACGCGAAAUAUGAUCCUACACGCUUCAACAUGCGAUGGACGGUCGGUCCGUUGGGCCUGUAG